AUGCCUAGAGAUGACACUCAAAACUUGUUCCAACCAAACAAAUUGAAGGCCAGAAGACAGGAACCAACGGUCUCCGAUAGAAGGCGUUAUUUGAUUCAUUGCCUCCGGAGGAUUACAAGGAUUGGUUUACUGGUGUUGGGAGGUGAUGGUCGUUACUUUAAUCGUGAAGCUGCACAGGUUAUCAUCAAAAUCGCCGCAGGGAAUGGUGUUGGGAAAAUUUUGGUUGGCAAGGAAGGAAUUUUAUCAACACCUGCUGUUUCUGCUGUAAUCCGCAAGAGGAAGGCCAAUGGUGGUUUUAUAACGAGUGCAAGCCAUAAUCCUGGUGGACCUGAUUAUGAUUGGGGUAUUAAGAUCUCACAGAUAAAGGUAGCAGAUAUUGCUGAUGUUGACCUAUCUUCUGUUGGAGUUAUAAACUAUGGCAUCUUAUUCACUGUUGAAGUUAUUGAUCUGGUUACUGACUAUUUGAAACUAAUGGAGCUAAUCAAAACUCUUCUGAAGUUAGACUUUAGGUAUACUUAUCUGCCCUCCAUCAAGAAGGAUCUUACCAUGUGCUUUGGUUGUAUAUCUUAA